GACCUAAAUUGACAUAAUAUUUAAAAACAUUAUGAAAAAUUGCCAAUAAACUUAAAAAUUAUUUUAAUAUUACACAUACAUUAUUGUUUUCACUUCUAAGUUACGUUAAUUAGAAAUGCAUUCUGUUAAUAUAUGAAAUUAAAGGACUUUUAAUAAACUAUUGACAAGACCUUUAAUUUUAAUAAAAAUGUUAAGAAACCGCCAACUUUCUCGGAUUUUAUGGCGACAAAUUGCCUUAAGCAAAAUUGAUUAUGCAAGACCAUGCUCGGGUAUUCUGAGUCCAAAACCCAUAAAUUCAAGACAACAAUGUACUGCAACGAUAAAGGAAACUUAUUUAAAGAAGUUUAUGAAUGCAGUAGGAUGGAUGGAUCAGGAUAGAACGCGCUUAAAACUCACAGGAUAUGUUUUAUAUGAAAGUGUACCAGAUAAGGUGGCAUAUAAUGAAUGGUUUGAAAAACUUGAACUGCCGGACACAUUUGCAUCAUGGUUCAUAGUAACGGAGUUACAUGUAUGGAUGUUGCUAGUCCGUUAUAUGGCUGUGGAUAUAUCAUCAGCCACUGGUAAAAAGAAGUAUGUGAAAGGCGAUGGAUACUUUGUAAGGAAUUGUAUUAUAGAAGCACAGUGGGCAGAUGUCGGAAACAGGAUAAAAAUGUUAGAGGGCGCUAAUCCAGCCAUAGCUAAGAAACAAGUAACAGAACUAUCAGAGCAGUUCCAAGCUGCAUUAGUUGGUUAUGAUGAAGGAUUGAAUGAUGACAGAGUUCUAGCAGGGGCUAUAUGGAGAAGGUUCUACUCAAUGUCAGAUGAUGUUAAGGCCGAGAAUGUAGAAAAAAUUGUACAUUUUAUCAGGCAUCAGUUAUCGGAAUUAGAUAAAAUUCCAAGCGAAUCAUUGAGGUGGAAACCACAAUUGGAAUGGUUAAGUAUAUUAGAUCAUUAGUAAUAGGUAUAAACUAUAAUUUGUUUGUUAAUAAAACAUAUUCGUACA